GCAGAGGAGGCGAGGACGAGGGAGAUUAGCGGGACGGGCGGCGGCAGAGGAGGAGGAGGGCGAGGGCACGGCCACCGCCGCAGGGAGCGACCGCGGGCGGGCGAGAGCAAGGAAGCGGACCCGGAUCCUGGUGCGGGAGGAUGGGUAACGCCGACUCCAAGCUCAACUUCAGGAAGGCGGUGAUCCAGCUCACCACCAAGACUCAGCCUGUAGAGGCCACAGACGAUGCCUUCUGGGACCAGUUCUGGGCAGAUACAGCUACUUCAGUCCAAGACGUCUUUGCUUUAGUUCCUGCUGCAGAAAUCAGAGCUGUGAGGGAAGAAUCUCCUUCCAAUUUGGCUACUUUGUGUUAUAAGGCAGUGGAAAAACUGGUGCAGGGGGCUGAGAGUGGCUGUCACUCUGAGAAGGAAAAGCAGAUUGUCCUGAAUUGCAGCCGUCUCUUGACCCGCAUCCUACCGUAUAUAUUUGAAGAUCCUGACUGGAGAGGUUUCUUCUGGUCAACAGUUCCAGGGGCUGGACGAGGAGGAGAUGAAGAUGAUGAAAAUGCUAGGCCACUGGCGGAGUCACUGCUUCUAGCCAUUGCAGAUCUCCUCUUCUGUCCAGAAUUCACUGUCCAGAGCCAUCGAAAAAACAAUGUGGACACAGCUGAGGAUAUCCAUGCAAUUGAUAGUUGUGAAUACAUCUGGGAGGCUGGUGUUGGAUUUGCUCAUUCACCACCACCUAGCUACAGCCAUGAUUUAAAUAGGACAGAGCUACUGAAACUCCUGCUGACCUGUUUCUCAGAGGUCAUGUACUUGCCUCCCUCCUCGGAUAGUAGCAACACUAAUCCCUGGGUCCAGUUUUUCUGUUCUACGGAGAACAGGCAUGCUCUUCCACUGUUUACUUCCCUCUUGAAUAUCGUCUGUGCUUAUGAUCCAGUGGGUUAUGGGAUCCCCUAUAACCACUUGCUCUUCUCGGACUAUCGUGAACCACUGGUGGAGCAGGCUGCUCAAGUCCUUAUAGUCACAUUGGACUAUGACACUUCUACCAGCUCCAGCCCCACAGUAGAUGGCACUACCACUGGAACGGCCAUGGAUGAUGCUGAUCCUCCAGGACCAGACAAUCUGUUUGUCAAUUACCUGUCUAGGAUACACAGAGAAGAGGAUUUCCAGUUUGUUUUGAAAGGAGUAGCCCGUCUGCUCUCCAACCCUCUGGUCCAAACCUACCUGCCAAAUUCUACUAAAAAGAUCCAGUUCCAUCAGGAGCUCCUGGUUCUCUUCUGGAAACUCUGUGAUUUCAACAAGAAAUUUCUCUUCUUUGUUCUGAAAAGCAGUGAUGUUUUAGAUAUUCUGGUGCCAAUUCUCUACUUCCUUAAUGAUGCUAGAGCAGAUCAAUCUCGAGUUGGUCUUAUGCACAUUGGUGUCUUCAUCUUAUUGCUGCUGAGCGGAGAAAGAAAUUUUGGUGUCCGCCUCAACAAGCCAUAUUCUGUACGAGUACCAAUGGAUAUUCCUGUCUUUACAGGGACACAUGCCGAUCUUCUCAUCAUUGUCUUUCACAAAAUCAUCACUAGUGGACAUCAGCGGUUGCAGCCCCUGUUUGACUGCCUCCUUACCAUCAUCGUGAAUGUAUCUCCAUACUUGAAGUCUCUUUCCAUGGUAGCAGCUAACAAAUUGCUGCACCUGUUGGAAGCAUUUUCGACUACUUGGUUCCUUUUCUCCACAGUCCAAAACCACCACCUUGUCUUCUUUCUGCUGGAAGUCUUCAACAAUAUCAUCCAGUACCAGUUUGAUGGUAAUUCCAAUUUGGUAUAUGCCAUUAUUCGCAAGCGAAAUGUAUUCCAUCAGCUAGCCAACCUUCCUACUGACUUGCAGUCCAUCCAGAAAGCCUUACAACGCAAAAAGAAAGCUCCUGAGCCCAUAUCUCGUACCAACUCUCAGGAGGGGAUGUCCAUGGAAGGGUCAAGACCUGCUGCACCUGCAGAGCCUGGAACCCUAAAGGCCAGCCUAGUAGCAACCCCAGGCAUUGACAAACUGACAGAGAAAUCUCAGGUGUCAGAGGAUGGGACCAUGCGCUCCCUAGAGCCAGAGUCUUCUCAGUCUCCGGCAGAAGAAAGCCCACCAGGCACAGUCAGUGAUACUGAAACUUGGAAUGUGGAGUCAUCGCAACCCAAGCGGGAUCGGCAACGUCUGUCCAGCACAUCCUCAGCUGGGCAGUGGAAUCCAACUCCUGAAUGGGUGGUAUCUUGGAAGUCAAAAUUGCCCCUGCAGACAAUCAUGAGGCUGUUGCAGGUCCUGGUUCCCCAGGUAGAGAAGAUUUGCAUUGACAAGGGCCUUACAGAUGAAUCUGAGAUUCUGAAAUUCUUGCAACAUGGCACAUUGGUGGGGCUCCUUCCUGUCCCUCAUCCCAUCCUGAUCCGCAAAUACCAGGCUAAUUCUGGUACUGCUAUGUGGUUCCGCACUUACAUGUGGGGAGUUAUAUAUCUGAGGAAUGUGGAUCCUCCAAUCUGGUAUGAUACGGAUGUAAAGCUGUUUGAAAUUCAGCGGAUUUGAGGAAUGGAACUUGCCUCCGGUUGAGUAGAAACACUGGAAACAAGGAUCUUGCUGUGCGCUUCUCCAUCACAGCUCCUUCUCCAUUUCACUGCCUCCUGCAUGUUCUAAAGGACAAUCACAGCCAUUUCUAGCUGCCUGGGAAUCACACUGGAAACCAAACAAGAGCUGCUCAAAUCUUCCCCAUGCUUUUGGUGCAAUUUGGAAUCUGACUAGCUACCUCAGUGUUUCUCAACCUUGUCGACUUUAAGGUGUGUGGACUUCAACUCCCAGAA